AUUUUGUGAGAAAAUUCGCAGAAUAAAUGCUUUUUUCUCCGAAACCUAAUAUCAUUUAUUUAAUCAUAUGCGUCUAGAAGAUAGCAGACAGGUUUAAGUUUCCUUUCUGCUAUUGUUUACUUCUUGACACAUCUAAUUUGGUGUAUUAUUUGUCAUUCGGAUGAGAUUUUUAUCAGAAAAAAUGAAAAAUUAUCAGAAUUGCUGCAGCAUGUGAGCACUAAAUGAACCAACUAACGUAAUACUAGGGUUUGAAUACAUACAAGUACAUGUACUACAUUCGCGGCAGCUCGGAAGGAUCACCGCUGACCCACUGUUUUUUCUUCAUCUCCUUGGGCAGCAUGCAAGACACCUUGCCAUAUACAAAGCGUUGUCCUUCAUUCAAGAGAUGUAAAACCAAAUGUUCUUGUAGGUGUACCUUGUGCCUAUUGCCAGGCAAAGCACAAGAUCCCGCCAAAUGAGAAACAAGAGCUGGGCUGGAGUGAUAGACUUCAACUCCUUCGCUGAAGGCAUAAUGGUUCGUGACCACAUCACAAUGUUCCCCUAAGUAAUUUCAGCACUCCAUUCAAACUUUACCUUCCAAUUGUUUUCAGGCAUAUUCUAUGUAAAUUGAUCGAUGGAGGGAAAUUGUGAUGAUAGAAAAUUCCUGUCUGUAGGGCUACUGUGUCUCGAUAUCAUCUUCAAAACAGAUGGUUUUCCCAAAGAGGAUUCUGAUCAAAGGAAUUGAACCUGUAGUUUCCCAACCUUGUAGCGAACCUCUACUUAAAUCAUGAAUGAUGGCUGGUUGUGACCGAGUCAUGAUGUUUGCCGGUCUUACCUGUCUUGAUGUUGUGUGUUUCAUUAAACAAUACAUGAGAGAAGACCAAGGACAUUUAUGCACUGACCAGGUUUGGCAGAGGGGCGGCAAUGCCUCAAACAGUUCUACAGUCAUCUCCCUCUUUGGAUCACCGUGUGAAUUGUUUGGUACAAUGGCAGUUGCUCCAGAGACGACGUUUUUAGAAGAGAACUUGGCGAAGUAUGGCAUUGGAUACCCAAACAUGGUUUACCAUGAGAAUUGCCAAUGUCCAACGUCGGUCUGCAUCGUCAACAAUCACAACGGCUCGCGCACUAUUUUACACACAAACAAGAAUCUACCGGAACUGACAGAAGACGAUUUCUCGAAAAUUGAUCUGAAUUCGGGCCGAUACAAGUGGAUACAUUUUGAAGGACGUCCGACUGCUUCACAGAUUAAAGGAAUGUUGCAGAAAAUUGAUGACUUUAACAAAAGCGUUGAAAAGCCAGAAGAUCGGAUCACAACAUCUGUGGAGCUGGAGAAGAUCAGGGAACAAUUGGUGCUUUUACAGGAUAUGGCUGAUUAUGUGUUCAUCAGCAAGGAUCAUGCCAUGUUUAGAGGAUUCCAGACUGCUGAGGAGGCGGUGGAUGGAUUCCAUAGACUGUGUCGACCUGGAGCUGCAGUCAUCUGCGCCUGGGGGGAGAAAGGGGCCUGUGGAAAAGGGCCCGACGGGAAACUUGUCCAAGUAGCUGCCUACCCUCAAGAGAAAGUGGUCGAUACCCUCGGUGCUGGUGAUACCUUUAAUGCCUCAACCAUUUUGGCCUUGAGUAGGGGGUACAGCUUGCAAGAGGCUUUGGAUUUUGGCUGUUUUGUUGCUGGUGCUAAGUGCGGGAUGAUGGGUUUCGAUGGAAUCAAGGAACUCAAACAUAACAUUUUAGACAAUUUACCGUUGUGACAAGCAUUCAUGAUAGAAAAUCAAUCGUGCUUUUCCCGAAAUAAUAGGUGUACAUUCUGUUCAUAGGGCCAGCAUCUGAAAUACACUGAACCUAGGGAAUACCCAGGUGUGUUGCCAUUGCUUCUAUCCAGGUGGAAAUAAACAAAAUUUCUCCUCA